AUGUCUUCCGAGACGUCUAUUGUUGAGAGGGUAGAAGUCCCGGAGUCCGAAAUCUCCAACGAGGGUCCUAUCCAACAUUUACACAAGAUUGAGCAUACCCAUCAAUGGGAUCCAAAUCUACCCCAGGAGAAGCUGGAUACAACUCACAUUGUACUCGAGACAAACGACAAAGAAAAAGCCGUCGAGAUCGAGAAGAACUCCGCACAGGACUCUCAGUAUGACUCGGUUCGUGCAGCAGUGCGCAACACUGAUGGGGGAGAGGUUGCAAACACGGUGCGCGCAUGGGUCCUAGGAAUGAUUUUCGUGACUGUUGGAAGUGGCCUCAACAUGUUUCUGAGCAUGAGGAGCCCUGCCAUAUCGUUUCCGGUAAUUGUAGUGCAGUUGAUUGUAUAUCCGAUCGGUUGUUUCUGGGCCAGGAUGAUGCCGACAAAAGUUUUCAAUACAUUCGGGCUGCGAUGGACGCUGAACACCGGACCCUUCACUAUCAAGGAACAUGCAGUCAUCACAAUCAUGUCAAAUGUGUCAAUUUCUUACGCUUAUUCUACCGAUGCUCUCUUAGCACUACAGGCAAAGCGCAAGUCACUUUACAAUCUCAAAAUCACAUGGGGGUUCCAGCUUCUCUUUACCCUGAGCAGUCAGCUAGUCGGUAUGUCACUGGCAGGCGUGUUUCGUCGGUUUCUGGUCUGGCCUGCUGCAAUGAUGUGGCCCAAUCAAUUUGCGAAUACCUCGUUGCUCUAUGCACUUCAUGACCACCGUGGCUCUGAUCCCUCUGAGACAAAUGGAUGGAGCAUCUCACGCUACCGACACUUCAUCUAUGUGACGGCUGCCGCAUUUGCCUGGUAUUGGGUACCUGGAGUUCUCUGGCAAGGCCUAUCUGUGUUUGCUUUUGUUACCUGGAUCCGACCCAACAAUGUGGUUUUGAAUCAGCUGUUUGGAGGAAUUACCGGGCUCUCCUUGAUACCUAUCACCUUUGAUUGGACUUACGUGUCGGCCUAUCUUCAGGAUCCCUUGCUGGCGCCAGUUCACUCCCAUGUCAAUACUCUCAUCGGACUUGUAGUCUUCGUGAUUAUAACAACGAUUGGAAUAUCUUACUCUGGGGCCUUAUACUCCGCCUACCUCCCAAUCAACACUUCCUCAACUUAUGACAAUACACAGAAUUCUUACAAUGUGACUAAAAUUCUUGGGUCUGGUUUCUCUUUCAAUGAAGAGAAAUACAAAGCGUACUCGCCAAUGUUCCUGGCUCCAACAUUUGCUUUGAACUAUGGACUUUCGUUUGCUGCUCUCACCGCAGCGAUCGUCCAUGUCAUUCUCUUCCAUCGAAAGGAGCUUUGGCAUCAAUUCAAAGCUUCCCGCGAUCAGGAAGCCGAUAUCCAUCUGACAUUGAUGAAGCAAUAUCGAGAGGCUCCCGAUUGGUGGUACGCGGCAUUGUUCCUAUCAUCUAUCGCGUUAGGGCUUGCGGGGGUUCUGGCAUAUGACACGCAGCUCCCGUGGUGGGCUUUCUUCGUCUCAAUCAUACUUGCCGUUGUGUUCAUUGCAUAUUCCGACCUGCAUGAUUCUCGCUAUUACAACAAUUAUGCUGUGUGCGCUCUUAAUGUAUUGUCUCCCUUUUUAGCUGGAUUCAUGAUUCCGGGAAAACCCAUUGGAGUUAUGAUCUUCAAGGUCUUCAGUACCAUCACCCUGGGGCAAGCACAAACUUAUUGCGGAGAUCUUAAGAUGGCCCACUACAUGAAGAUCCCACCUCGUGUUACGUUUAUGUGCCAAGUUGUUGCUACUAUUUGGGCAAGCAUUGUGCAAAUUGCGGUCAUGAAUUGGACUCUUGGCAACAUAGAAGGAGUUUGCACCCCUGACCAAAAAGCCCAUUUCACAUGCCCAAACGGAAGGACGUUCUUCUCUUCUAGUAUCGUUUGGGGAGUCAUUGGCCCCAAUCGUAUGUUUGGCCCCGGCGCAAUCUACUCACAGAUGCAGUGGUUCUGGCUCCUCGGAGCUCUUCUUCCCGUUGCCUUUUACCUACUUAUCCGUGCUUUCCCUCGGUCCAAGCUCAGAUUCCUCAAUGCCCCUGUGAUGCUAGGUGCUAUGGCUUGGCUACCUCCAGCAACACCAUUGAGCUUCUUCUCAUGGGUCAUGUUCGGCCUCAUCUUCAACUACUGGAUUCGACGUCGGUGGGGUGGCUGGUGGCAUACUUACAACUAUGUCACUGCUGCAGCCCUUGACUCUGGUCUGAUUAUAUCGACCAUUAUCAUUUUCUUUGCAAUCACCCUGCCGAAUGUCACGGUUCCCCAGUGGUGGGGUAAUAUUGCUCCCUUUGAGACCACAGAUAGUUUGUACACGGCGAUCCGGAAGACUGUUGCUUCCGGGGAGACUUUCGGACCAGCAGAGUGGUAA